AUGGGAAAUACGUUCCUCUUAAAGUGCGGAGUUCCCCAGCCCCUCGGGCCGGACUCACAGAGGGAGAGUUUUGGGGAGGCUGAUCCUGACGUGCCGGGCCUGGAGAGCACCACUCUGGAGGUCUGGUCCCCCGGGGGGUCCAGCGCUCAGGGAGGGGGGCCGGACCCCUGCGAGUCCCAGGAUGAGGCAUACUACGGGGAGGCGGAGAGCGACAGUGAGCCGAGGAGCACCCCCUGCGUGACCCUGGAGGCCCCCUGCGUGACCCUGGAGGCCCCCUUGACGGGGGGCACGGUGGUGGAGCUGCAGGUCUCUCUCUCCGAUCGCAGCCUCGACGACGGAGGCGGCGGCAGAGUCGUCACGGUUACGGCCGUGCCUGCGGAGAGCGACGGCGGUCAGGACCUGGACUCCGGAGGCACCAAAGCCGAACUCUCCGAGGCCCCGCCCGCCUCCCCGGACCCCGGGGAGCCCGUAAAACAGCAAGGUGACCCGGUGAACUCCUCGUCCUCCUCUCUGGGUCAGGUGGCGCUGACCCUCCCGCACCCUGCCAAGGGCCGGGAGGGGGAGGAGCGGGAGGAGGAGGAGGAGGAGGAGAGGGGGGUGGAGGGGCGUGUCCUGGGCGAUCCUCCGGAGGAGGGAGGUUCCCCUGCUCGCGUCUCCUUCGGAGUUUCAGCAGAGGGGGCCGAGUCACUGGAGGAGUGGGACUCGGAGAGCGAGAGGGACCUCGGCAGACCCAGCAAGCACCGGGCGCGGCAUGCGCGGCUCAGGCGCAGUGAGAGCCAAUCAGAGAAGCAGGUGAAGGAGGCCAAGUCUAAAUGUAAACGCAUCGCCCUACUUCUGACCGCCACCCCAAACCCCACCAACAAGGGGGUGUUGAUGUUCAAGAAGCGCCGGCAGAGGGCCAAAAAGUUCACGCUCGUGAGCUACGGGACCGGGGAGACCGAACCCGAGGACGAGGAGGAAGACGACGAGGAAGGAGAGGACGACCGGGCGGUUGAGCUCACCUUACUGGCCACGAGCGAGUCAGAGUUCAGUGAAGACUUGCCGACUACGCAGGGCCGGGGUGACAUUUCAGGGCACGACUGGGACGCCACACUGCUGGAGGUGGAGCAGAAGGUUGACACCCAGGGAGACAUGGAGCACUUGCCCGGGACAAAGGGCAAGGGGGCCCUGAUGUUCGCCCAGCGCCGGCUGAGGAUCGAUGAGAUCGCGGCCGAACAUGAGGAGAUGAGGCGAAAGGGGAUCCCCGUCGAAGGGGUGCCUGCAGAGGCCCAGGACGUCUCUGUCACAAAGACCCCCCAAAUUGAGGAACACAGCACACAGGCCUCUGUUACCCGAACCAACCAGGCCUUCCAGGAUGUGAAUACGCAGCAACUCCAGCACCAACAGUACCAAGACCACCAGCAACAACAGCAUGUACAGACCCAGCAGUACCCUCAGGCUAUGAACGGUACAGCCCACCUCCAAGCCAACGACCCGCCGAGGUCCCUAGUCCCAAACAGAUCAGCUAAGCCGUUUUCGGGAGUCCAGAACAGAGUGCCUAUGCCCUUUUCCCCCUCCCGGAGUGUUGCCAGCCUGCCAUUGCCAAGCUACUCACAGAAGUUCCGGGUGGUCCCGCUCCCUGUGCCUGUGAACACACGCUCCCAGGUCUGGUCACCGACAGGCGAGCUGAUUGCCUCUCGAGAUGAGCGCAUCUCUGUGCCCGCCAUUAAGAUAGGGAUACUGCAGGACACCAGGAAAAGGGGCACGACCAAGUACACUGUGACGUCUAAAGUGUCACCACAUGCCCAGUUAUCUAUAAGGGCAGACAAGCGGGGUGUCUUUGAGUCCGGUCCGGAAGAAGACUUCCUCAGUCUUGGUGCAGAGGCCUGCAACUUUAUGCAGACCCCGACCGUCAGGUCCAAGGACCCUCCGCCGGUUGCUCCGAAGCCGACCAUCAAUCCAGCUUCUCCACCAUGGGCCGCCAGAAGCAGCCCCCAACCCCCGUUGCUCCUUCCGCAAAGUCAAAGCCCCACCCUUGCUCCUGGCCUUGCAGCGAUGCGAGCAGAGUCCCAGUCUCCACAGCAACACCCAGCAGUUAGCCUCCGGUCUCCACCUCAGGCACAUCCUCAGCCACCUAAGAACACUUGGACCCCGCCCCAGACUCGGGCACAUCCUCAGCCACCUACGAAUGCUUGGGCCCCAUCUCAGCCUCGCACACAUUCUCAGCCACCUAUGAACGCUUGGGCCCCACAGCCCCAGCGAGCCCCCGUGAGCACCGCAGCUCAAACCUACACACCACCUCAUCGGCCUACAAGGUCAUGGAAUCAGCCACAAGUCCCUGCUCUUUCCACGGCCUCCCGACCAGUGCACUUCUACCCACACUCAAGGAAGAUCCUGCCCACCACCGCUGCGGACGCUGGCUCCACAACCGAAAGCCCCGAGAGGCCGGCCAUGAGGGGAAGAGGCGCCGAGCUCUUCGCGAGGAGGCAGGCCCGCAUGGAGAAGUUUGUUGUGGAUGCCGAGACGGUGCAGGCUAACAAGGUCAAGCCCUCAUCACCCACACCUUCCUUGCCCUGUUCGUGGAAAUACUCCCCUAAUGUCCGUGCCCCCCCUCCCCUCUCAUACAAUCCCAUUCUAUCCCCCUUCUACCCGCCCGCAGCUGCUAAGCAGCCCCCUCCUAGCAGCCCAAAACCAAAGGCCAAGACCGCGGCCGAAACCCCCGUACCCCCAAAACAUCUCAACACUGUGGAUGUGAUGAAGCACCAACCCUACCAGCUAAAUCGUUCACUUUUUACCUAUGAGGCAACCCAAGAAGCAAAAAGCAUCUCCCCUAGACCUGCCCCUACCCCUGAUUCUAGCCUUACCUAUAGCCCUUCCCCUGCUCCCACCCCCUCCCCAGUCCCCGCCCCUACACUUGCCCGUGGCAUUUCCAAAGUCCAGCCUCCAGGACCGGUAAGUGUUCCAUACCCUUUCCCUCGCCAGCGGCUCUCCCCAGAGUUCCAGCAACCUCUAUCACCUGCAGUGCAUGAUGGUCCCUUCUGCCAAGCUGCUGCAACCCCUCACGCCCACCCUCCCAGUGCCUUUAUCCUCCCCAGCUUCUUGCUGCCCCCCAAGGCUGCAUCUGUCACCGGGGUGCCGGUGGCCCCCCGUCCAAAGUUCUCCGCAAAAAAGUCUCUGCUGGCAACUAAGACAUGGAAGCCAGUCAUCAUGGGGCAGUAAGGACUUCCACCAGGCAAGCGCUGCACAAUUAGCUUGAUGUCGCGGGUGCUGAGGUCAAGUGCACAAAUGCAGCCCUGUGUGUGUAUACAUACAUGUUCUCUGGGAUCUGUUCUUCAAGCUUUGCAGCCUUGGCCAUAACCAUUAAAAAAAAAUAAAAAUAAAAUAGUAUCGUAUGAAGUUUGGCAUAAGUCAUUCUUUGUCACUGAUAAUCUUUGCUGAGCUAGGAGCUCAUUUGUAACUUGUCGUUGUGCGGGCAUUGGCAUAUUGUAACACAUUUAGAUCUCUGAAAACUAUGUCACAAUUAAUUUCAGGUUAGUCAUUGAUGGAAACCUGGAUGGUCUGUAGCUUUAGCAGUUAGAAUUAGGCAUAUUUCUGAAAAUCGCUUUAAAGUGUAAAGAUGAUCGUAUCACUCGCAUUUUUGUGCAAAAUUGUUGCUUUUAAAUUUAUGAUUAUUUGUUUUUCUCUACAGUAUUAUUUCCUCAGAAAUGCUGAAAUACUCAUCUUAAUUUUGCAUAUUGAAUGCUGUAGUUGCUUGACGAGUUACAGAAGACUGAAGCAUGGAACUCUUUGCAGCAAGCAUGAGAAUGUACUUUCAUUCACAUUAAUUCUGGUCAGCAUCAGCACAUAUGACGUGAGAAUAUUUUGUGAAUCUGUGGACUCUCAAUGCCUCUGUGAUUAACAGAGUGUGUUAUUAUGAAGGUCUGAUUUAGACUAGCUAGGGAAAGCCAAUUAAGGCUAGCUAGGGAAAGUGAGCUUUGGCCAUGAAAGUGUCUGAAAGAAAAAGUUGAAAAUGUGUAAUUCUUUGGUAGCAGUAUUGUGUAGACAUACAUACAUAUGAGUACCACAGAAUAUUGCUUUCAUCAUAGAAACAAUGCAGGUUUUCAAUUUCAUCUUAUUCCUGAACUGAAAAUGACACACACAUGCAAGCACACAGGCACACACACAAACACAUACAGGCACACACACGCAUUGAAAAAUAGGUUUUUAUGGUGUUUGUAAUGGCCAUAGGAGCGAUUCUACACUGUCUGAGUUAUAAGGACAUAAUCCCAAAAGUCCUCAUAAUGUUGGUGUAUAUUCAAGUGAAUUUGCCUCAUAAUGCAGGAAAGGCAACUUGCCCACACACAUAUACACACACACACACACACACACACACACACACACACCACUCUCACACAUAUAAUCAAGAAAAUGAACGGUUUUGUUUUGCAUAGUAAGCAGUUGAGGUUAGGACCAUCAUUAUUGGAGAAACCAAAUGAACUGUAAGAAGAGAAAUAACGCUCAAGUUUCUUUGUAGGUAUACCUCGGGGAACAACUGAUCAUAUCUAACCCUGAAGUCCGAUAUAAUCAGAGUAGCGUUGAACUUUUUUGUGAUGGUAUGACUGUUCCUUAUCUUUCAACUGUGAUAUAACAUUGGCAAUUAGGGGAACAGCGUUAUUUUGUUGUCAUUAGGGCUGGUGAUUACCCUAGCAAUGGGCAAUCACACUUCCCAAUCAGCUCCUCGGCAGGUAACACUGUUCUGUACACCAUGUAUGAACCUCUUAUGGCACACCACGUAUGCACUUCUCUGGCCUUGUAUUUGCACCUUAUCUGUAAGGCUACUGUACAUCACCAGAAUUGGAAAAAGCAAAAGAGACUUCUCCAUUCUGGAGAGGAGAAGCAUUCUCCAGCAGGGCUCUUCAGCUGGACUAUUAUGUGCCCUUAUCAUCUGUCCAGGACUAUUUACAUGGUUGCAUGUAAGUAUGGUUCCCAAGUACUACUAAGCACCAUACAUAGUCCUAGCAUGAUAAGGGUAAUAUAGACACAGGAAUUUUGGUUUCACCCAUUGGGGUCUAUUGCUAUUUCCUUUGUGUUUCUGUCCUUGGAACGCUGCCUGUGUCCUUCAUCCCUUUGCUAUUAAAGAUCUCUUUUAUCUGUUGUGUUUUUUUA